UCCGGAUUAGAAUCUUAGAUUAGAUAUAUCCACAGGAACCCUAAUUUUAAGAAGUUGAAGAAUCUGACAAAUUAACAGAAGGGAUUGGAGUACGUGUCACCAUUCUAAAAGUUGUAUAAUUCAUACGCAAUAAUGGUCAUCAUCUUCCAUUUUUUCUCCCAUAUAACUCAACCUUCUGGUUCUUCUUCUCAAGCUCUUCUGGCUUAUCUUCACUCUUUUAUAUGCAACAAUAAAGAUUUCAUCACAAAAGCAAAAGAAGCUGAAGAGAUGUUGGAAGGCAAGGCUUUGAUAAAAGAAACUGAUAUGCCGGAGAAGAUGAAAACCCAAGCCACGGAUUCUGCUUCUCAAGCUCUUGAUCUAUAUGAUGUUUCUGAUUGCAUCUCCAUUGCCUCUCACAUAAAAAAGGAAUUUGACAAGAAAUAUGGAGGUGGAUGGCAAUGUGUGGUGGGUUCAAACUUUGGUUGUUUUUUCACUCAUACGAAAGGGACUUUUGUGUAUUUUGCUUUGGGAACUCUCAAUUUCCUUAUAUUCAAGGGUUCAUCUUCUUAGGGCAGAGCCAAAAAAAAAACCCAGCUUUAUCGGUCUGCAAGAUGUGUAUGUUAAGGGUAAUAAGCUUGAUGAGUCUGCUGCUGCCGAGUUAUGUUCAAAUAGAUGAACUCAGCUGUUCAGAUGUCUCUUUAUUCUUGUUUGCAAUGUUCUUGAAAGAAGUACUGUGGCCGAGUUAGAAUAAUGUAAACUGUAUUUUUAUUUGUGAAAUCGGUUGCUUUUCUGGUUGGUUGUCAUUUUCAGCAAGGCUGCUGCUUAUAGGUUAAUGGCAAUUGGCAAACUCCAGCGCAGAAAUGGUGAAUGAUUGAGUCUUGAGUAGCUUUCAAAGGAACCGAGUCAGUCAAGGUUGUCGUCGUGACACACGGAGGUCUAAUGAAUGACCGAGUUUAUAUUAACUCGGUUUGAAUAAGUUCUAGGCCAAAAUAUAUGAUAUAUUAUAUAUGAAUUCAUAUAUUAAAAGUAAAAUAAAGCUUGGGUUAUUUACAUAUUUUCAGAUACAGCAAUGAAACUAUGAGUUUGAAUGGGAGAAAAUGGCCAACACUCGCAACUCUGCCUCCUUUGGUGUUCUGCAUUACUGAUCUUGUUGAAGCUAUUGAAUCCGCAGAUCGGAUGAACCGUUUUAACAAGUUG